CUGCACUCGGUGGUGACGGGGGGCAAUCCCCUUGGCCUCUGCGCUGUGUCACCAGGCGCGCCCUUCACGUUCGCGUGCCCCGGCGCCAGGGAUGGUGAGGUGCACGUCGAGCGGUGGGAGGACAAGGGGGAGGUCGCGGGGUCCGUGGUGGCCAUACGUGCACACUCUUCCCGCCUUGCAUCCAUUGCCAUGUCUUGCGACGGCCGGCUCGUGGCCACAGCUAGCGUCAGGGGCACCCUCGUGCGCGUCUUCAGCGCCACUGACGGCGCGUUGCUCCAAGAGCUGAGGAGAGGCCGAGACGGAGCAGACAUCCACUGCAUCGCCUUCUCUCCGGAUUUAAAAUGGUUGGCGGUCAGCAGCGACAAGGCGACCGUGCACGUGUUCAGCGUCAAUGUCGAUUUGCCAAGCCUGACACCGGAGGACAGCAACGGUCCCGGCGGUCUCCUAGCAGCCCCGGCGCCGUCGUCUCCAGCAGUAGCUACAGCCAACAAGAGGUCGUCGCUGUCGUUCGCUGGAGGAUUCUUGCCGGGCUAUUUCAGUUCAGAAUGGUCGUCGACUCAGAUCCGCGUCCCUGAAGGCACCAAGUACUUGGUCGCGUUCAGCAGUCAGCCAAACACCCUUCUCAUCCUCGGCAUUAAUGGACGCUUCUACCGGUGCCGAUUCGACCCGGAAAAAGGAGGCGUAGUGGACGUGCGGCACAAAGGGACGCCUUGUGGGAGUGAGGAACAAGACGUGGAGUGCAUCAACUUCAUGAAUCCGAGCAAGAAAACAUCUAAUUCGAAGCCAUCAUAUGGCAGCUAGCCUUGUUAUCUUUGCUUUCUUCAUCUUCGUCUGUCUUAGGGAUGCAGAUUUGGAACCUCCAGGGUAUCCUUUGAUCCUACUUAUAGUUCAACUAAAUGAACUAACUUUUCAGAAUUCACCUCACUUUUGAAAAAAUAGUUCAUUUGGUUGAACCAAAAAAGUAUCGGAGGGUAUCCUUUAGAUUCAACAUUUGCAUCCCCAGUCUGUCAGAACAGUAAUAAAUGCACUACUGUCUGCGGCCCUACACCAUUUUGGAACGGUGCAUGAUUUUGUUUUUGUUCAA